AUGCAAAGUGAUAACAAUAACGGACUUGAUCCAAAAACUACCACCACAACCGCAUCUGCCUCUAUUUUAGGGGAGAACAAUAACGACACCAAUAAUAAUGAUCAUCAACAAGUCAUGCAGCUUUCCAACACUGCUGAUACUCAGGAUAUGGAUGUAUCGACAGAUUCACCGGUACCAAACGAUAAUACCAAUGGUGAGUCAUCACCACAACCAGUUAUUGAUCCUGAAAGCGAACAGCAAGUAAAUAAUGCAAUGGUUGAAGGAUUAUGUAUUGAUUGUAAAGAUCAGGAAGCUUCGGUAUAUUGCGAGAAUUGCUCAGAAGAUUUUUGUGAAAUGUGUUAUGCAAUGCUUCAUCGUACCGGGAAUCGUCGUAAUCAUAAAACUAAAAGUUUGAAACAUCUCAAUAAUAAUGGCCCAGAAAAUAAUCUACAACAACAAUCUCACCAAAAUGCAAACUUAUCAGAUGAUAAAGACGGUGGACUUAAAGCUACAUCUACUAUAAUUUCAAGUGGAGGUUCAACUUUUGGUCAAUGGCUUGAAGAACGUUCUAAAUACAUACCAAUUAGAUUAACCCUGUCUGAAAGAAAAUUUUUAAGGCUAUUAGAGGCAGCAUUAAACGUCUCUGAGUAUACAGAUAAAAUCGAUAUCAUAUCUUAUAAUUCAAGCAAAUCACGAAGAAUUCUUCAUCAAAUUAAAGAUUUAUGUGCUAUUUUAUCUGGUUUAAUGGUAGCAAGUGAUUUUAAAAAAGGACAAGAACUUUUCGCCAAUAAAUCUUUUGAGGAUAAUGAGGAAUUUUUUCAAAAGAUUUUUGAAAUAGGAAGAAGACACAAAGUUAUGAAUCCAGAAAAAAUGAGAGAUGCAUAUGGCAAAUUGAUGUACUUGUUGAUGGACUCGGUUAUUCCUGAAGUUCAAGAGAUGCUUUCAUUCAGUUUAAUCUCACCAAUCAAGACAGUUUUUAGUUUUCUUAAAGACCGAGAUGCGCUCAAAGUGCUUCAUCAUGAUUUAGUAGUUGAUGCUACCAAGGAAAUUAUACCUGAUGGCAAAACACGUUAUACUAUCAAUUCCGAAAUCAAAAAAAAAGAAAGAGCCAUUGAAUUUUUGAGUGCUAAAUUUUCUAAUAAGAAUAUAUCUUCAGAUGAAAUUAAACAAUGUCUUUACAGUAUUGGCGACAAUCAUUCUUAUUUAAGAUCAAAUAGGGAUUGCUGUGAUCGUAUGCUACACUACUUGACAACAUAUUUUCACCCAGAAAAAAUCGCGACAGGAUUUUCAUUGGCUAUUCAAUCAGGUCGUCAUGGUGCACGUCUUUCACAUAAUCAUGAGACGCAAUACUGUUAUGCAAAACAAACAUUGUCACUUUGGAGUGAGAUACAAUAUGAAAUGUUUAAGCUUUGGACAUUGGCAGAUCGUGAUUUAUUAUCGGAAAAUAAUACAUAUAGAUUGAGAGAUACAGGACAAGGGUUAAACAGAUUACAAUCGUGUCCAUCCGUUUCUCGAACGAUGCACUCAAUCUUACAUCUUGCUCAACAAAAAUCAGGUUAUUGGGUAGGAAGUUCGGUUAUUCAUCUUGGAGAUAAAAAUGUUCCCAAUGCUCUCAUGUUCAUUGAUAAAUAUAAUCAAAUUUCACGUAUAUUGACACCAAUAUUGAUAUGUCUAGACAGUAUAUCAACGCUAGUUCAAAAGAAUACUGGUAUUCGAGCAUAUAUACAAAAUAGUUUUUCAGAUGUGGAAAAUUGCAAGAAAACAAUUCUUGCAGAUUUCUUUCGGUAUGCAUUUGAUGGUAGUGGAGCAGAUAAUUUUUUUGAUGCUGGAAGUUGUAUUGAUGGUAGAUUGACUAGUGCGUGGAAUUGGUGUUCACAAAUUGAAAAGAAGACCUAUUUCCCUGUAUUUUUGUUAACUGGAUUUGUUGGAUUUGAUGGAGAGAACUUUUAA